AUGAUGGCAUUCACGUCGGACCGCCUGUUCAUCGUUAGGGUAGACGACGGGAAGGCUAAGGCCAGCUACCCGCUCAAGAGCGUACAGCUAGCCCCUUCGGACAAGGUCAACCAGGCGAGUGGAAAGGGCAUCAUUUUGACAAGCGACAUCGGCAACGUUCGUCACUCGUUCAAGUGCCGGAACCGCACCAGCCUCUUGGCGGCCUUCGCCGAGCUGCAGGAUGCGGCACGGGACCGGCCUUUAAACCUCCUGUUCCAGGUGAUCAAGCGCAGCAAGACUCGAGGCGACGUCAAGAUGACCUUGCGGGUGGGGCCCACUUCGCUGGAUCGCGUCGACGGGGAGCGGCUGCAGCACCGGGUGUCGUCUCUUCCUCUCCUGAGCGUGGAGAAGGUGUACCUUUUCACCGACGACGCUACGCAGAUGCUGGUUGAUUGCCACGGGGGCCGUCGUCGAAGGUACUGGUGUGCGGCGCGUGACUCCCUUGUUAGGGCCAUGGAGGACCAUCUACGACACCUCGGCAGGACGGGAGAUCAGCCCCUGCCGGUGGAGAGAGUUGGGACAUGGGAGGUGGACACGGCGACGCGCAAUCCCGAGAGCGUGAAGCAGGGAUACCUGUUCGAGGUCCCCGUUCAGAAGUGGAGCCGCACCGAGCGGGCGUUCAAGAGCCGGCUCUUGGCUCUCACCAAGUCUUCUGUAGUGGAGAUGGACGUCGCUACCAGGGAUCACCUGAGGGAAUUCCCGCUUGAGAUGAUCUUCAACAUCGUUUACCACACGCCUGACACUAUGCCGAGUACCCCCGAGGAGGGCGAAGAAGGUUCGCACGGGGACGGCUUGAGCAUCGAGGUGCAGAUGGCGUGGGGGGGUUCAUCGACCUACAACUUUCAGGAGGGCGACUCGAUCCUGGCGUUUGUUGCCGUCACGGAAGACGAAGUCUCGCUUCAGCAAUCCCGCAAGGCGGAAGAACGCCAAUUUCGAGGGUCUCACGUGCCGGACUUGGCCACCUUGGCCGAGACAGGGGGGGCUGGAGCGGAUGGAGUUUGCGGGUACCACGAUCUUCGUCUCACGGCCGUGGAGGCACGAGUACACUUCCUGGCCAACUUCCUGGAAGUCUGCCGGCUCAACCACCACGGCUGCCCCUGGUCUCUCCGUCGGGUGACCAACGAGAGCAGGGUCGGGGAGCUGACGCAAGGACUUCACCCGGACUACCAGGAGUUCCUCCUCAAGCGUACGACGGGGCUGAGCGCCAUCGCACGAGCGGGGCCGGGAAAGGUCCUCGCCGAUCCCGAUGCCAGGGGGUACGCCCUCGCCGUUUUGGACGAGCUGAACUUCUCGACGCCGAUAGCGUUCAAGCAAAAGGAGAAGGGCGCCGCUGCAGCGGCGAUGAGCCUUCUGGCACCCUCCGCCCUGCAGCAUUUCGACGACAGCGGGCGCGUGUCCCUCCUCCUCGCCGUGCUGCGGCUCCUCUGGAGCAAAACUGGCUAUGACGAGGUGGCGCGUGUCGAGUGCCAGCCUGCCAUCGACGGGGUGUUCAAGUGCCUCGCGAGCGAGGACCACACCGUCAGCUACCCGGCGGCCCUCGUGAUUCGGUCCAUGUUAACGCACCCCCGGAAGGACUCCGCGUGGUGGUCCGGCAGCGGCGACAGUACCGGCUCCGCAGCGUCCGACGAGGGGCUGGGGGCCGACCGCAGGCUGGAGAAGGCCAACCGCAAGGCCAUGUUCGGCCAGGGCAACGAGAAGAACCGACUGGAGCAGCUCCUCGCCCCAUGCUUCGCCGAGUGCAUGAAGCCGGACAGCAUGGACGAGGAUUUCGGGAGCGACCUCGGCGACGGAGAGGGUGAUGGCAUCGACGGCCCGGGCGGGGAGAGUAAUCACCCCCCGGUCACCAUGGCAGGCGUCGGUCCGCCCCCCGCCGGCCCCGAGUGCCUGGUCCAGGCCGUCCUCAUGGAGGUCCUGGUGAUCCUAGUCUCUAGCGGUGACAAGCAGGCCGACCGUGCGGUGGUAGAGGCGGUGUGGGAGCUCUUGCACGAGUUCGACGCCAUGUGUCGCCUGUUGUCCAACGUUCGGUCCCCGUGCCUGCCUCUGGCCAAGGCCUCCAUGCAGCUGCUUACCAAGAUGCACCACAGCAAGAGGUUUAGCAUAGGGCCCCGGUCCAUCCUUCAGGACACGGCGAGAGACUCCGGAAUCCUCUUGUGGGUCAUGUUCCUCGCCAUGGAUGCGCGCGAACCCGACAUGUGCCGCGUGGCUGGGCGGCUGUGUCGCGCCCUUACCGACGGCGACGCCCGCAGCCUAGGGGUGCUCACACGCUCGUUUCCGCCGGGGCUUCUGGCUCCUUCUCCGCCGGACCAGCUCUUCAACGAGUGUGGUGCAGCCGUGUGGGGCACGUCUUUCACGGGUGCGGAUUCCCUGGACCUCCACGCGAGGUGGGGCAUCCUCAGCCAGGACGUCAGGGACGUAGAGGUGGUGUGGAGCCCCGUCCACCGUGACGCCCUUGGCCAGCUCCUACUCGAGCAGCUGCAGGAGCUGGAACGGGAGACGAGGCGGCUGUCUUACAAGGGACGCGGGGGGCGUGCCCCGAUCGAGGCUUUGGCCUGGAACGACGCCGCCUGGGAGGUACCGUGGCACAACAUGGUCGGAGAGGUGAAGGUUGGGCGAUACUACCUGGAGCAGUUGAUCGCCGACCUGGAUAGCUCAAAGGAGAGCUCCAACAUGAUCCGCCAGCGUCUGGGAAACCCGACUGCUCUCGGGAACUUCCUACAGUUGUGCCACCUUCGCCUUCUUCACGAGAGAGACGCCGGCAGCCUGGAGUUAGUCUUUGACACGAUGACAUGCCUUUUCCAGCACCUAGGCUCCCGCGCGGUGCCCAUGCUGCCGUUCCUCGGGUCGGUGCUGCACAUGCUCACGUAUUCCCUGCCGGCUAUCCUUGGCCCGGUGGGAGCAGCCGAGGAGAACCCUCUCGACAGCGACGACGAAGGUUCUGACAAGGAUGAGCACGACGGCCGCUCCGGCGGCAUUGAUGCGGAGCCCAAGUCCGGCGCUCAGGCCACGGCCACGUACUACGCUGCAGUUCAGUUCGUGCGAGUCUGCAUGGACAACCAGCCGGCCAACGUCCGCCUGUUCGUGAUGCACGGCGGGGUGGAGACCUUCGUCGAGCUGGUAGGCAGCGCCUUCCAGCACGCGCACAGUCUCACCGCCUCCUCCUCGACGGUGACCCCGCUGCCGGUCGCCGACGCUGCCCCGGGGGGUGACGGCACCGGAGCUAGCCCGACCGGGUCGUCUGGGUCUGAAGAGCACUUUGGGUCCGCCAAAGGUGGAAGGGUGCCCCGCCGGGAGAGAGCGUCGGACCUUUCGGUGGCGCUCACGUGCAGGGAGCUCGUGGUGGAGUGCAUCAGCUGUUUGUCGUCCGCGCUCGAGGUGUUUCCCGCCCAGGACAUGGACGGCAAGAUGUUCUUCCCCAAGCCGCCGCCCAAGCGCCAACUCGCCAACCCGAUUGCCCUCGCGGCGCUGGUUGACCUGCUAGCCAGCGAGGAAGAAGCUGUCCUACACCCGGCCCUGACCCUUCUCGUUACGGUCGUGAGGGGGGGCCUGGAGAUCCCGCUCUCUGCGGGUGCCCGCGGGCGCAUCGUGGUCCGCUGCCUUCGCCACGCGUGCGAGGGACGCUGCGCCGAGCUCUGCGCCGAGUUGCUCGGGGCGGAGGCUGUGGCGGCACCGCCCUCUCGGCUUUCCGACGGCGGCAUGGGUGGCGCAGUCGGGCCAGUGUCUGCUCCCCGCGAGGGUGCCAUUCUCGCCCGCAGUCCUCUCUAUCCGCUGCUUCCUGGAGCCCUCGUACGGCUCAUGGUCACCAAGGGAGCUCGAGCGUUUGCCGAGGCUCUCCUUGCCGAUGGACUGGAAACGCCGACGGUGGUGUGGAACUCCGAGUGCCGCCAUAUGCUCGGAGUGGUUCUGCGGGAGCUGGAGGGUGCAACGCCAGGACUGCAGGACGUGCCUGCGAUCGAGGUCCACGAGGCUGGACGUCGGCUGGAGGCACUGUACUCGGAGAAGGGAGGCGUUCCGGUCCUCUUCACCAGCCCCUACUACGUGCAGCUUAUGGACGAGAACUACCGCAUCGAGUACCCCGCGGCCUUCCUCCUGGAAGUGGCGAGCUCCAUGACCGAGGUGCUGCAAGGUCCGCCCGAGAUGCACGAGCUCUACGCGGGGAACGGCAAGGGACGUGUAAGGUGCAUCAGCACCCCUCUGGAGAACGAGGGGGACGUGAUCUACCUACACGAGCCGCUAUUGUGGACCUUGCGACAGCACGCGACCAACGGUGUCACCGGGCCUGACAGCCUGGCCAGGGCCAUCGGGGCCGUUGCGGCACCGCUGUUGGAGAUCACGGCUCGCGUCGCCGUAGCGUGCAGCUUUAGCCCAGAGGCUCUGACCUCCCUGGCCAGCUUCACCGAAUCCCUCAGCCUCUGCCUAGGCUUCCUAGCCCGCGCUAACAGACUGUCCGCCCAGGCGUGGAACGCGGUGGACGGAUCGAUGGUGCCCCCCGCCCGCCAAGAGACGCAGGGGCGUCGCGCGGCGUCUCGCCGCAGGUCUAGCGUAGGCGGCCGUCGCCGCACCACCGGAAGCGGUGACGGGGUUGAGAACGGUGGGGGCUGGACGGUUGCGGUGGACUUGCGUAAGGUUGACGCGCUGCUGACGAUGCUGAAGCAGCUUGACGAUCAAGAGAGCGCGGGGCACCUGAUGGGCGCAGGCAACCAGGAUCUCUCUUCGGAGACAUCGCAUGGCGUUGACAUCAACCGCGAGGUCCCCGGCCUGACAAGCUAUGUCGGCGGACUGGUGUCCUCGUUGUCCACGCUGGAAGCGCCGACCGCGAUACUGGCAGCCACGGAGGGCAUCGGUCUCGCUGCCUUGGGCUUGGGCAAGGAAGCCCACAUCGACUUGCUCUACAAGAGUCAGCUUUCAUGUUCUUNCAUCGCGCACUGCGUUCGCCCCCAAGCCUGCGAGGAUCGUCCGGGGGGAUACCCGGGCCUCGGCAUCCAGUCCGCCAUGGCCCUCCGGUCGCUGGCGGAAGGCGAGCACGCCGGGACCAACGCGGCUCUUGCGGCGCUCUUGACGCCCGGAGGGUUGGCGGUCCUCCGGCGUUCGGCCGAGGAGUUUGUCCGUGUGUUGCGGUCGUCGGUGCCGGUGGAGACGCCCAAGGUGGUGUGGGGGCCCAAAUGCCGCGACGAACUGGAGGAGUUGCUCAAGCAGCCCCCGGCCGAAACAGACAUCGGAGGACACCGCGGCCUUGGGGCCGCCGUGCCUGCGGUUUAUCCCGCAUCGGGCCGUUGCCGCAGGUUCAAGCCCAGGGAGCUCGACGGGUUUGUGUUCGCGUCUCUGCAGGACGAGCUGGUGGUGGAUGACGUGUACCUGAGAGUGCUCGUCCGCGAUGCCGAGAGGCAAAGGGAAGCUGGGGGCGACGGGGAUAUUCGUAGGGCGGCGGCGGCCGCUUCGGGACUCGGGCAGGGUCUUUCCCUCCCGUCCGACUUGCUGGCAUCCGUUUUCGUCUACCUGGGGGAUCAGAUGCGGUUGAUUGUAGCAGGCCAGGUGCCCACUGCCACCGCCGACCGCGAGCUAUUCUUUCAGGACGUGUCGCUGCUGCUGCAGGCCUUGCUCGGUCUUGCUGUGGGCGAAGAGCAGGUGCCCGAGGUAAUCGAGGACAGCGGUGAAGCGCUCAACCUCUUGUGGGCAGCCACGCAGCCUUACCUACGAGACGGCCUCGCUGGCCCCGCGGCGCCGACCAUCACGCGCUCCGUGGUCCGGCUGAUGCACGUCUUCUUGACUAAGGGCGGUCCGUCCGCAGGCGAGGCUCUGGUUGCUUCGGGAGCUGCGGCGCCGGCGGUCCACGCAUGCGGAAAAAUGCUGGCCGACGACUACGACCUCAGCGCCUUCUCGCAAGAGGAUGGGGAAGCCGCACUGCACGUUGCGGCCAUGCUUCUGGACGCCCACCCGUCUGCCGCGGGUCACAUGGUCAGCGUCGGUGCCGUCCCGAUGUUCCUGUCCAGGGUCUGCCACAACGACUUUCAGUUGGCCACCCGCCUGCGGUGUGCCGCAAUUCUCCACCGGCUGUGCGUGUCGGUCCCUGCGGCCAGCAUUGGCCUCGGCAGGGUGAUGCCCGAGCUACUCCUCCUCCACCUCGAGGCGGAUGCCACCGGAGAAAGCCUGUUGAGACACCUCGACGACGAGGCAGUGUCCCCCAUCCUCGUGUGGGACACCUCCUGCCGCGACCGCCUCUCCGCCCUCACCUGGGCCCACUGGGAGGACUGGCGCCGCAGGGUGAAGGUCGGGGCUAGCCUGCGCUGGAUGCCCGCGUACCUUCCAGAGCAGGUGCUGCUUCCCGACGCCCACUCGAGCGAGCCGUGCGUGGCGGGGCUGUACUUCAGGCUGUACGCCGCCGAGCCUGGGUUUGCCCUCGAGAAGGACAUGGUGGAAGGCUUCCUCGUGUGCUCGGUGGAGGCGAUGCUUCACGGCAGGGUCGCCGAUGAGCUCCUUCCGGUCUUGCUCGAGGCCCUAUACUACGCGCUCGCGUGCCUGGGCGACGGGGCCCUGGCGGGCGCCUCUCGCAAGGCCAACGGUCUGUGGCCCAUCGCCUUCUCCCUCAUCUGGAAAGAGCUCGGGCUCGGGUCGGUGCGUUACGACCCUUCCCAGCGACCCCCCCGGGGAGUUGCCAACGAGGUGGCCCCGCAGGCGGACAGCGACCUGUCCCAGGGGGAGGCUAUCCUUAGGUGGGGGGCCCGCAUCGUGUGCCUGUUGGCAUCGGUACCGGUGCACUGGACUGUUGCCGGGGCGGGGGCGCAGAUCGUGUCGGACGAGCACGCCCUGGCGAUGGUGCACUCUCCCGCGCUGGACGAUCACUCUCUGGGGCUGUUCCUGGUUACGGCGAGGUCUAUCGUGGCGAGCAAGACGAACGAAGGGAUGGACGUCGCGCACCACUUCGUGAGCCCCCUCGUCCUCCGCGCCCUCGUGGACAAGCUCACAUCGUACAAGCCCCCCGUGGUAACCGGCACGGCCGAGGGCAACAACCGCGUGAGCAAGUACGGCCGCGUCCCUGGCAUGGCCAACGCUCCCCCGGCCGAGGAGGUGCCGGAGGAGGAGGCGCCCCCGCCGCCGACAGUCGUAGAAGACCUCGUGGUGAAGCUCCUGGCGUGCCUGAUGGUGCACCCGCAACAGGGCCAGCGGGCGAGGCUCGUCGUGCGAGACGAGGUGCCGGAGAACAUCUACAUGGCACUGCACAGGGCGGGCUCGGUACCGGCGGACAUUAAGGGCGACUCGGCGAAGGCUCAGCCUCCGCUGCCGCACCGCGACACGGACCACAAGCUCUACCCGAAGAAGGGCAACGCCGCGGCCGGAGCGGCGGGCGCGGAGCCCGUCUUCGCGACCGGGGGCGCCAAGACCCCGGAGUCGCUCACCCGUCCGCUGAGCAUCUUCGUCACUCCCCCGGAGGAGGAGACGGCACCGGUGACCGUGACCAACGUGGAGCGCGCGGUGCAAGAGGAAGGCGCCUCCGUUGCCCCCGCCGCUGUUACCGCCGCCGCCCGGGUUUCCGUCGCCAAUGCGGCGAGCGUAAGCGAGGCUUCUCACUCACAGUCCCCGACCAAGCGCGAGGGUUCUCUGCGGCGAAGCGUCGUGUCCGCCCUCAUGAGCCAACGGGCCGGAGAGAGUCGGCUCCCGUCCGUGGCGGCGAGCAGCAGCGCGACCGGCGGCGGCGGCGACGGCGGCGACUUGACGCCGACGGGCAGGGCGAAGGGGAUGUGGCAGCGCGCUAGCGUUAGCUGGGCCAAGUCGUCGCUCAACCCCGUCAACGGCGGGAACGUUGACGUCCACGCGGCCAAGGCCAUGGCCACGGUGGAGAAGGUGGACGUUGCAAACGAGGAGAGGCCUCUGACCAUGCCAGCGCCGUCGCCGAAGCCAAGCCCGACUACGGCCCGGACCAUCAGCAUGAGGGCCCUGGCAACUAGGCUCUCCCCGAAGCCAGCGCCGGAGCUCAGCCCCACGCAGUCGGGGACCGGGACCGCGACCGGGAGCGGGAGCGGGAGCGGCCCCAAGGGGCGCAGCGUCAUGGGCUGGGGGUCAUCUUCGGUGGCAUCGACAAGUCCCAGGCCAACGUCGAGCCCAAAACCAAGUCACGACGGCCGUCGUGGCUUCUGAAUGAAUGUGUGUAGCACGGGGAGAAUAAUGAGUACGUAUCUACAGCGAGAGCGGGAGGGGAGGGGAGGGUUGGUGUCGGAAAUGAUGGUGUGUGUGUUUUCCGACUGGAUGGAGAUGAUGAUGGGCACACGCGGAUGUGCUUUGCAGUCGCCUGCGCGCCUGCUGGGGAAGAGGCCGCCGGCUGGAUGUGACGACGCUGGUUUGUGUCGGUGUAUGAUGAUGAAUGGCGAUGCUUGCCGCAUGUGGUGUUGGUUUCCUACUUUUUCGGUGUGUUGGGACGUCUGUGUUGCUCUCUACUGAGCCCUUUUGUGCGAGACCCUCGAAGGUGGCGGUUUUCUUUUGUCACCGCAAGCACAAUGGGUGUGGUGCGAUGGUGGUGGGUGUGUUGUGAUGUUCCCUCAGGGCGUGUCUUGUGUUGGGCGACGUGUGCGAUGAUGAUUGGCGCUCGUAGGACGGGCGAGCCUAUUCGGCGUCGGUCCAUGCCCGGUCGCACCGUUGUUGUCGACCGGUUUGCCGGCAGCCGUCCGUUCGCGUUAGUUCGCUCUUCGGGGAGUCUUCGUCGUCGCACCCUGCUUGGCUGCUGCUAUACGUGAACGAGCUGGCAUGGGCCUUUUGAGAGAUAACAUUUGAACAUAGUCGGACGAGAAGAAGCAAACGAUUGUUUCCAGGGUGAAGGAGGGAGAGGGGUGGGGGGUCGGGAUGGAAGGAACGUCCAUCCAAACGGAUAUCAGUGUGAGGGGGGUUGAGUGCAUGAGUUUCUGGUUAAAUCUUGGGUAAUCCUCUCGCCCGUGCGUCUAGUCUACGAUCGUCUAUGCCCAAAAGUGUUUGGUCUCUAUGUUGCUUGUACUUGUUUUGUUCAUUAUUUUUCGACGAUCGUGCUUGCCAUGACCAGGUAAUGCCGUAGACGGUUAUUCCGAAUCUUCUGUUAUUUUGUGGUACGCAUAUGUCACGAGCAAUUGCUAGCAGUACAAGUACUGCUCUAGACCGGCCAACUGCUGUCCACUCUUUCUUGGCGGAUUUCGAGCACAGGGGGAACAGUAGCAGUUGCACUUGUAGGCUCUGUGUCUCGCACUCCUACGUUUACUUUGUUUUAUAGCCACGCAGAGAGAGGUGCCCAUUAAGCGUGUACCCGUCUGAAAGGUUCCCGUGCAACGUCCGUCGUCUUGCCUCCUCCGUCACAUUUUACAUUUUAUAUUUCCGUCGGCUUGCUUGCCUGUAUGUUUGUAUCUGGCUACUACGUAUCUUAAAUGAGUAGAACGUGGACUUACACCUCAGUCUUAAUUUUUUUCUGCUUGUUCGUGUUACUAGACAGGCUAUCAUGUUUAUCCGUGCAUGUCUUAGGUAUUUCCCCCCCCGAGCGCGUUCGAAUACGGUCUGGUGCAGCACUUUGCGUAAGACGAUGUCUACGGUAGUACUUCUGUCUGUUUUUCGGGUUCGGCGAGGGACGAUGUAGCGACGCCGGGCCAGUUUGUCUUGUUCUUCACGCUUGUUCGGGUUUGUUUGGUUUCUGGUUGAUCAUAUAUGCUCUUGGCUGCAGCCGCAUGGUCUCCGCAUCUGACCCGCGGUUGGUGCGAUACGACUGGCUGGUGUUUUUUUAUUCCGUCGCGAGUCACGAAUUUACGAGAGUUCACGUUCAAAACUUUUCUUGCGGUCGAUGGUGGUGGCCCGGCAAGCCGUCGUGUGCUUCCUCCCUGCUGUCUCUCCCACCAGUGUGGCU